UUUUUUAGGAAAAGUAUUCCUAGAAUCUCAACAUAUCUGCAGUCUGCAUUCUCAUUCAAAUCCUCAUUGACCAAUGCCCACUCCUCCCGAGGGGCAAGUACAAAUGUGGGUACCCCCUCUCAGGCACAGGUUGUCAUUGCUGGUGGAGGUGUCAUAGGCUGUUCAGUGGCUUACCAUCUUGCAAAGCUUGGAUGGAAAGAUAUUUUACUUCUGGAACAAGGAAGUGUGAGUGGAGGUACAACAUGGCAUGCUGUAGGAUUGCUCGGCAAACUAAGGGGAACAAGACUAGAAACCUACAUAUGUGAUUAUGCUGAAACUCUUUAUAAAAGACUAGAAGAAGAGACAGGUUUGCAAUCAGGUUUCAAGAAAUGUGGUGGUUUACUUAUAGCUAGAAGUGAUGACCGACUGACGGCAGUAAAAAGAACAGCUGUACAAGCAAGGUAACUGAGAGAUCCUUGCAGAAACAAUAGACAAACCAUGACAAACACUGAGAGAUCCUUGUAGAAACAUUAGA